AGGAAUGGUUUCGAUAUCUGCGUACCGAUAGCAGCAACAGCAAUCGGUGAGGCUCAAAGUGCCGAGAAAACCGGGGUGGGCCUAUUGGAUUUAGAACCGGAUGGCGAAGUGUCUGAAGGUUCGAUGUCCUCGCUAACUUCAACAUCUGAUGCUGCUGAUUGCGAAACAGUACCUUUUCGUGGAAGCGUUGAGGAAGCUGAACGUAUUUUUGAAUCGCUAGCCUCGAGACCUACAACCGCUUAUGUGCAUGAGGGCGUGAUGCAAUCGCCGGGAGAAAAAUGGGUGAGAUAUGAGUAUGUAAAGCGUGAGGAAGAGGAGACUCCUCUGAAGAAACUCUUAUCUGGCGUUCAUGAGCUGACAGAAUACACUAAAAAAAUGGCUAAUUCGCGUUUCACCCACGAUACGCAUUGCAACCAGUUCUGCAGCAAAACGCGUGCUGAACUAGAGGUCCUAUCGGACAGAUUCAAUCGAUUGACAGAAAAGAUGAAAGACAAAAAUGUAGACAGUGAAUUUUUCCUGGAUGCACUAAACACUGCAUGCCGCGAAAAAGAAGUAGAUAUACAACUGUUGCGUGCCAAUUAUGACGACCUGAAGGCGCAACUCGAAAACGAAAAG